AUGCGGAUCUGCGGUCUGAAGAAAAUCGAAGACAUAGGAAAAAUGACUGCUUUAUCUCAAGAGGAGAUUCUUCAGAACACAAAGACCGUCGUGCAAGGAUUGGACGCGCUGAAAGCCGAACACACGUCCAUUCGAAAUGGGUUGCUACAUUCUUUGUCGAUCCUGAAAGAAAGCAAUGAGGAAGCAAACGUGGUCGAAGAGAAAGCAGUCAUUCUAUUUCAUUUAUCCUUGUUGCUGUACGUUGAGGCGGAGAAGCAGAAACUUAAGGCGCAGGUGCGCAGACUGUGCCAGGAAAACGCGUGGCUGAGGGACGAGUUGGCCACCACGCAGCAAAGAUUGCAGCACAGUGAACAGAGCGUUGCACAGCUCGAGGAAGAAAAGAAGCAACUUGAGUUCAUGAACAGCAUGAAGCAGUACGACGUUGGGCAGACGGUACGAUGUUUAGUUUCUAAUAUUCAGUCGCUUCAGGACUUGGGGUUCGGUCCCGAAGACGAAGAUAACGAAACCAGCUCCGAAUACCCGAACCCCACCCCAGCCCAUUCCAUGGCAGCGUCAGCGACUGCCGGUUACGAGAUUCCUGCCAGACUUCGGACACUCCAUAACCUGGUCAUCCAGUACGCAUCGCAAGGUCGUUACGAAGUUGCCGUUCCGCUGUGCAAGCAAGCGUUGGAAGACCUUGAGAAGACCAGCGGUCAUAAUCAUCCCGACGUUGCGACCAUGCUGAAUAUCUUGGCUUUAGUGUACAGAGACCAAAAUAAAUAUAAAGAAGCAGCGAACCUGUUAAACGAAGCAUUGCAAAUACGGGAAAAAACGCUGGGAGAAAACCACCCCGCCGUGGCAGCUACGUUGAACAACUUGGCCGUGUUAUACGGAAAACGAGGAAAGUACAAAGAGGCCGAGCCUCUUUGUAAGCGAGCACUCGAGAUUCGCGAGAAGGUGCUCGGAUCGGAACACCCGGACGUCGCCAAGCAGCUGAACAAUCUGGCGCUGUUGUGUCAAAACCAGGGCAAGUACGAGGAGGUGGAGAAGUACUACAUGCGCGCUCUGAGCAUUUAUGAGACAAAGCUCGGACCGGAUGACCCAAACGUUGCCAAGACCAAAAACAACCUGGCUUCGGCAUACCUGAAACAAGGCAAAUACAAAGAGGCCGAGGUGUUGUACAAGCAGAUUUUGACAAGGGCGCACGAACGCGAAUUCGGCGCCAUCUCUGGCGAGAACAAGCCGAUCUGGCAAGUGGCCGAGGAGCGCGAGGAGAACAAGUACGCAAACCGCGAAAGCGCGCCGUACGCCGAGUACGGCGGCUGGCACAAGGCGGCCAGAGUCGACAGCCCGACCGUAACCACCACGUUGAAGAAUCUCGGCGCCUUGUAUCGACGACAGGGCAAGUACGAGGCUGCCGAGACUCUGGAGGAUGCCGCUCUGCGGGCUAAGAAUUCGUUUUGUCGUCGUCUAGAAAAUCAUAUGUCGUAUUCUUUGGCAUAG